GUGGGCGUGAUUUGCAAAAAUUAUCGCCCAACGAAAACGCAGCCACAGGGCAGAGCUAAUGGCGACAUCCAAUUCCCUAAUUUCCCUAAUUUGUUGGAUGUUCAUGUUAUGUUAUUGAGAGGUUUCUAAAGUUUGCAAUUAACCGACGGACUUUGGGGCCUCCUCUUUGGGGUUUUUGGGACAUAUCGAAUCAUCAGUCGCCUUUCGGAGAGAGAGAGGAGCAGAGCUGAGAGCAGAGCAGAGGCCCCGCUACUUCUCGGCUGGCUCCCACGCCAUUUCCAUCAUCAACCAGCUCUCUCUCUCUCUCUUCCGGUCUCCUCGCUUCUCCAUUUUUUUUUCUGGUUCUCUUACAGGGAGUGGACUCUACCAGCUCCGGCUGUCAGUGAAUUAGUUUAUCAUUCCUCGUUCUUUGCUGUCAAUGUUCUUAGCUUACUCGGAGGAGGGGGUACAACUUUUCGUGUUAGGCUGAAGAAGCUUCUGAUUUCGUGCAGUGGCUUCUACCUUCGAGCCAUAUUUGGGUCGGUUGCAAGGUUAUUUUGGGAGGCAUCAAUGAUGGAGUUUGUUGGUCAAUAGUGAUUGUUGAUACUGAAUUCUGAGGUUGCUGCUAGGCAUAAAUGGCGUGGACAGAAAAAGAUGAUGGCAGUGGAAGGGAGAGAAUCCCUGUGAGAGACAAUGGUUUCUUGCAAGGAUCACUGUCUUCUUCCAAAAUGAGUUCAUCCCCGGUGGGUAUCGAUUCGGCCGAGAAGAAGGUCGAAGGCAAGGAUGCUCUCUUCUUUGCCAACAUUCUUCGAUCAAGAAACAAAUUUGCAGAUGCUCUUGUUCUCUAUGAGAAAGUCUUAGAGAAAGAUGGUGAAAAUGUGGAAGCUCAUAUUGGCAAAGGAAUAUGUCUACAGAUGCAGAACUUGGGCAGGCCCGCUUUUGAAAGUUUUUCAGAAGUCAUCAGGUUGGAUCCGCAGAAUGCAUGCGCCCUCACGCAUUGUGGUGUUCUAUACAAGGACGAAGGUCGUCUUGUGGAGGCUGCUGAGUCAUAUCAUAAGGCUUUGAGAGCAGACUCUUCUUACAGACCAGCUGCUGAAUGCCUAGCAGUUGUUUUGACAGACCUUGGAACCAGCUUAAAGCUUGCUGGUAACACUCAAGAGGGAAUUCAGAAGUAUUAUGAAGCUCUCAAAAUAGACCCACACUAUGCUCCUGCAUAUUAUAAUCUUGGUGUUGUAUAUUCUGAGAUGAUGCAAUAUGACACAGCCCUUAAUUGCUACGAGAAGGCUGCAUUUGAGAGACCCAUGUAUGCUGAAGCAUAUUGCAACAUGGGUGUAAUAUAUAAAAACCGUGGCGACCUAGAGUCAGCUAUUGCCUGUUAUGAGAGGUGUCUAGCUGUUUCACCAAAUUUUGAGAUUGCAAAGAAUAAUAUGGCAAUUGCCUUGACAGAUUUAGGAACAAAGGUUAAACUGGAAGGAGAUAUAAGCCAGGGUGUAGCAUAUUACAAGAGAGCUCUGUUUUACAAUUGGCACUAUGCUGAUGCUAUGUAUAAUCUGGGGGUUGCAUAUGGUGAAAUGCUCAAGUUUGACAUGGCUAUUGUUUUCUAUGAGCUAGCUUUCCAUUUCAACCCUCAUUGCGCUGAGGCAUGUAAUAAUUUAGGGGUUAUAUAUAAAGAUCAGGACAACCUGGACAAAGCUGUAGAAUGUUAUCAACUUGCCUUAUCUAUAAAACCCAACUUUUCUCAGUCCUUGAACAAUCUUGGUGUUGUCUACACGGUACAGGGGAAAAUGGAUGCUGCAGCAAGCAUGAUUGAAAAAGCUAUUCUUGCAAAUCCAACUUAUGCAGAAGCUUAUAAUAACUUAGGAGUUUUGCAUAGGGAUGCUGGGAAUAUUUCCAUGGCAGUUGACGCUUACGAGCGCUGCCUAAAAAUAGACCCCGACUCUCGAAAUGCUGGCCAGAAUCGACUGCUUGCUAUGAACUACAUUGAUGAAGGACAUGAAAAUAAACUUUACGAGGCUCACAGGGAUUGGGGCAGGCGGUUUAUGGGGUUGUAUCCACAAUACACAUCAUGGGAUAACCCGAAAGACCCAGAACGUCCACUUGUUAUCGGCUAUGUGUCUCCUGACUAUUUUACUCACUCGGUGUCCUACUUCAUUGAAGCUCCCCUAGUCCAUCAUGAUUAUGCAAAUUACAAGGUGGUUGUUUAUUCGGCAGUUGUGAAGGCAGAUGCAAAAACCAUUAGGUUUAGGGACAAAGUCUUAAAACAAGGUGGGGCCUGGAGGGAUAUAUAUGGAAUUGAUGAAAAAAAGGUUGCAAGCAUGGUUAGGGAAGACAAAGUGGAUAUCUUGGUGGAGCUUACUGGCCAUACAGCUAAUAAUAAGUUGGGGAUGAUGGCAUGUAGACCUGCGCCUGUUCAGGUAACAUGGAUUGGCUACCCAAACACAACUGGUUUGCCCACUAUAGAUUAUCGGAUUACAGAUUCACUGGCAGAUCCUCCCAAUACAAAACAGAAGCACGUUGAGGAGUUGGUUAGGUUGCCAGAAUGCUUCCUUUGUUAUACACCUUCUCCUGAGGCUGGUACCGUGCCCAGUGCUCCAGCUAUUUCUAAUGGCUUCAUCACAUUUGGUAGCUUCAAUAAUCUUGCAAAGAUAACACCUAAAGUUUUACAAGUUUGGGCAAGGAUUCUAUGCGCCAUACCAAAUUCGAGACUCGUGGUAAAGUGUAAGCCUUUCUGUUGUGAUAGUGUGAGACAAAGAUUUCUUUCAACUUUGGAGCAGCUUGGUUUGGAAUCACAACGGGUCGAUCUUCUUCCUCUUAUUCUUUUGAAUCAUGACCAUAUGCAAGCCUACUCCUUGAUGGAUAUAAGUUUGGAUACUUUUCCAUAUGCUGGAACCACAACUACAUGCGAAUCAUUGUAUAUGGGAGUUCCAUGUGUAACAAUGGCUGGAUCUGUUCAUGCUCACAAUGUCGGUGUUAGUCUUCUCAGCAAAGUUGCAGGUUUAGGACACCUGAUUGCUAAGAACGAGGAGGAAUAUGUAAAAUUAGCAUUGCAGCUAGCAUCUGAUGUAACAGCACUUUCUAACUUAAGAAUGAGUCUUCGGGAUCUUAUGUCGAAGUCUCCUGUUUGUGAUGGGCCAAAUUUCAUCCUUGGUCUGGAGUCCACAUAUCGUAAAAUGUGGCAGAGGUACUGUAAGGGAGAUGUGCCAUCAUUAAGGCGCAUAGAAAUUCUACGACAGCAAGAAGCUGCUUCAGAAGAGCCAAUUACAACAAUGGAAUCAAACAUUUCCCCCUCAAAGGAUAGCCCUGCAUCCAUCAAAUCCAAUGGACAUUGUCCAGUUUCCUCUGAUAUCGUCACUCGUUCCCCUUGUGGAGAAAACGGAGAUCCAUUGCAUCUGACGAAAAAACCAGGCAAGCUCAACUGAAACACGAAUUUGAUUGGCACUUUUGGAAAUUUUACAGGAAACAAGCAAAAAAACAUGUUCAUUUGCCCGUAGCGACUACAGAGUAUUGAGCAUUGGGUAAUGGUAAAAAAUGGUCAAGAACUCCAACAUCUCUGAGGUUGCAGAUGAUCAAUAUAUCUUCGACGCUUGCCUGGAGAUAAAAUAUAGGUUUGGAAUCUUACCGCUAGAGAUAGUUGUACUUCAUUUUUUCCCCACUGAAUCAUAGAAAAUUAGAUGUCAUUUGUAUAUCAUAGAGGUCUUGCUUUAGUAAUGGUGCUGUGAAAAAAUUGAAAUGGCUUGUGUAGGAAGUUUGUGGUUGGGAACAUUCUAAAGUGCCUAAUUAACCCCUUAUGUUGUUAUUGGAGAUGAAUUUUCCAUGGAAGAAAAUUAAUGAGGUAUUUAGGUGUAAGAUUUUGAGAAUUGUAGAUAUGAUUGGCUUUGGUUGGAAACUUUUGUGCAUGAAGUGAUUGUUUGCAGCUGUUGAUGGAAGCUUGUAAUGAGUCAGCAGUGGCUACUGCCUGUUGACUAUAAUAUAAAACAUUCAAGACAAGUACUCUACUCUUUAAUUGACUCA